CCGCCUCUCCCACAUACUAUUUCCUCCCCGCCGGCGCGAACCCUCUCACGGCGUUUCUCUACCUCCCCACCCUACACAAGCUCACUACUUCCAGCUUCAAAGACAUGGACGGCAAUGUCGACAUCCCGGGCGUACCGCCGAUUCCGGCGAAGCACAUGCCGUCGAGGAUGCUGGACCGGAGCAGCAGAAUCUAUGGCCAUUUCUUGGAAACGUUGACGCGGCUGGCAUAAUCCGCCGGCCUCAUAAGCAACACGUUUGAGGCGCUCGAGCCGAGGGCCCUCAAAGCGAUAUCCGAGGGACUGUGCGUGCCAGGCGGCCGAACUCCGCCGGUGAACUGCAUUGGGCCACUCGUGGCUGCUGACGAUCACAUCAGCAAGCACGAUUGCCUGAGCUGGCUCGACUCGCAGCCGAGCAGAAGCGUCUUGUUUAUGAGCUUCGGGAGCAUGGGGGUGUUCUCGUCGAAGCAGCUGAGAGAGAUCGCUCACGCUCUCGAGAAGAGUGGGGUCAGGUUCUUGUGGGUGGUCCGUAACCCACCACCGCACGAUGAAAUCUGGCGCAACUUAGCUAUCAAACCAAAAGAUGAUCCAGAUAUGUUUCUAUGUUGUCUACGUCGAGCGGCAUAGGAAUAACUUGCAGGACUCCGAAUCACGGUCAGAAAAAUGAUCUUCAUGAGCUCUCAACGCGAGUUGAGUUAAGAUUUCUCAUUACACCCGCCACUUUCUUUCUCUUCAGGAAUAGAUGAGAUCCUUCCGAGUGGGUUCGCGGAGAGAACCAAGGACGGGGCUGGUGCUGAAGUCGUGGGCCCCGCAGGUGGCGGUGCUGAGCCACGACUCGGUGGGCGGGUUCUUGAGCCAUUGCGGGUGGAACUCGGUGAUGGAGGCGCUGAUCGCAGGGGUGCCCAUGAUAGUUUGGCCGCUCUACGCGGAGCAGAAGCUGAACAGGCCGUACCUGGCCUGGUAUUUGAAGCUGGUACUGCCGAUGUCGGAAGGAGGAUCUGUGACGAGGGACGAAUUGGCGGGGCAAUUCACCGAGUUGAUGUUAUUGGAUGCAAAUUGCGCAAUCCCAAAAUCUCCGUAAUUAUAACAAGAACAUGCAUAAUUGAAUAGAAAGAUUAACGUACCUAUUUUAA